AUGCCACACUUUGAUGCAUUUAUUCCUUCACAUGCUUAUGGUUCUACUUCACCUACUGCUUCUCCUACCCCCAUUGUGAUGGUUCCUACUGAAUCGUCCACCAUGAGAUUCAAAUUGAAUGGAUCUAAUUAUGAGAUAUGGGCUUCGAUGAUAGAACUCCAUGCUAUUACACAAGGUAAAUUAGGUUACCUGAUUGGCUACACUGAUGCCCUGGAUUCCCAAGAUCCACAGUUUGGGAAGUAG